AUGACCUUCCGCGUCAUCCCUAGCAUACUAGGCAAACGCAGACUUGUUGAUGUAUAUAAUGCGGCUCCAGUCCUCAUUCCAAACCUGUCACGGCCUCCGCUGUGUACUGUACCCCUUGUCGCUCGAAAGUAUGCUUCUGUCGCAGAACACAAACCUACGCAAAACAAUGGUCCCCCUCCAGGCUACAUCUCAAUCAAAGGACAUAACCAUUCGGGGUCGAAUGUAGACCGCGCUCCGAGACCGAGCCCAGCACCCGCCCUAUCCUCCUCUGCUACGAAGACUCCAAACCUUUCCUCGCACAGCUCGACCAAAUCAGAUUCCAGAAGUCUUGAUGCUGCAGACUGGGAUCAAAAUCCUAACCUCAGCAUCUCUAAGUUCUCAGAGCUACCACAGAAGAACUUCGGUGUUAAUCAGCAUAUGAUCAUCAAUGAGGAAUUUAAGGAAGCUCUGCGUCAAAUACUCUGGAAAUUCAAGGCGCCAAUCCGUUAUGCAUUUGCGUAUGGCUCUGGUGUCUUCACGCAGAAGGGCGAUCCGUCUGCGGUUUCAUUCCCAGCUUCUACAUUACACCCCAAUCCUCCUGAGGCGAUAACCAAGGUCCAGGAUGGGCCACAGAAAAUGAUUGAUUUCAUUUUCGGAGUCUCCUACAGCCAACAUUGGCAUUCCUUGAACUUGCAAGAGCAUAGAGACCAUUACUCUGCAGUUGGUUCUCUUGGCUCUUAUGCUGUCUCGAAGCUGCAGGACUCUUUCGGCGCUGGAGUAUACUUCAACCCUUACGUUACGGUAAACGGCACAUUGAUCAAAUAUGGGGUUGUGAACCUUGACACACUCUGCCGGGAUCUGUCACAAUGGGACUCUCUCUACCUGGCCGGUCGUUUGCACAAACCUGUCAAAAUCUUGCGUGAUAACCCAUCUGUGAGGCUUGCCAACCAGGUGAAUCUUAUUUCCGCUGUGCGUACAGCGCUGCUACUCCUUCCUCCUGAAUUUACCGAAGAACAAUUGUACUCGACCAUUGCCGGAAUAUCGUACAUGGGCGAUCCACGAAUGUCAUUACCUGCUGAAGAUCCGAAAAAAGUCCUCAAUAUUGUGCAGGGACAGCUACCAAACUUCCGGCGCUUAUACGCGCCGUUAAUCGAGAAUCUGCCAAAUAUAUCAUUCAAUGAUUCUGUCUGCGCCCACGAAGACUGGUUCGAUGAUCCGCACAUCAACGCGAAGUUAGCACAAGAUAUGGACCCUGUCAAGCGUGGCAACAUGGUGCGGAGACUACCGAAGAAAUUUCGAGAAAAAUUAUACUUUGAAUAUCAAGCCAAGUUCCAAAUACCAAGAGGCGAGUUUAACAAGAUGCUCGAGGAUACGAAGGACGAUGAGACCAGUACCGGCUUUAGACGGCAGCAGGGUGGAUGGUUCGAGCAGCGGAUUGCAAAGGAUACCGAAGGCAUUCAGACUGAAGUACGGCAAGUGAUUGAGAAGACGAUUCGAUGGCCUAGUAUCGUGCAGACUUUCAAGGGAAUAGUCACUGCUGGUUUUGGGAGGAGUUGGAGAUAUGCGAUGGAGAAGAGAGAGAAGCACCGAGCUAGUGAAGCCAGGAAGCGAGAAGAGGCGGUUCAAAAGCCAUCAAGUAAGGAUGCGGACCCGAAGAAGGAGCAGUAA